GGAAAUAGUAUUGGAAAAGGACAGUUUGGAACAGUCUACAGAGCACUGGAUAUGCAAACAGGCGAGAUUGUAGCCAUCAAACGUAUAAAGGUUGAAAAUGUAGAUAUGGACAAUGAUAUCAUGCUUGAAGUCGAGCUUCUCAAAAGCAUGGCAAGUUCGAGUAUCGUACGUUACAUUGGGUUUGUUAGAGACGAAGAGCAUCUCAACAUUGUUUUAGAGUAUGCUGAAAAUGGAUCGUUGCUUUCUACACUAAAGGCAUUUGGAAGCCUUCCCGAAAAACUAGUCGGCUCAUUCACCCACAAGAUCCUGACAGGACUAAAUUAUCUGCAUGCCCAUGAUGUUGUCCACCGAGAUCUCAAGGCAGCCAAUAUCCUGACCACCAAAACAGGAGAAGUCAAGCUGACAGACUUUGGCGUGUCUUUCAACUUGCGCCUCAAGCAGGACGAGGCCGAUAUCCUGGCCGGCACACCGUACUGGAUGGCCCCCGAGAUUAUCGAAUUAGAAGGAGCGUCCACGAAAUCGGACAUCUGGUCGCUGGGGUGCACGAUUGUCGAGCUCUUGACCGGCAAACCUCCCUAUGCCAAUCUCAUUUCAAUGUCGGCCUUGUACCAUAUUGUUGAAGAUGACCAUCCACCUUUACCUACCACCCUCUCAAAGCCAUUGAAAGAUUUCCUGUUGGCAUGUUUUCAAAAAAAUCCUUCAAAUCGACCGACGGCAAAAGAAUUACUUCAGCAUCCUUGGAUGAUCCCACUUGCAAAGCUACAUCCUCCACGUCCUUCUCCUCAGAGUACAAAAAGAAGUUCGGUAGCCAUAAAACCAAUAACACCAUCUCCCUUACCAUCCCCAUCACCAUCACCAUCCCCAGGAGCAUCUGAAGUAAAAGGAGAACAGAAGAUUCCAAGUCACCCACCUCUGUCUUAUAGAUCCCAAACCUGCCCAGAACUCGACUUGGGACAAUUGACUGAUGACAAGAAUUUGUUGGAUAUGAGUUAUAUCCUGGAGUACAUCAAAAGCAAUCCGAUCAUGGACACCCAGCGCGCCUACAUUGAAACCAAGACAAUUACAAAACAUCAGUUUGUAAAAUCCAACUUUGAAACAGCUAUUGUAUGUAAAGUAUGUCAGGUAGCAGUAAAACGACAUGCAGUAUGUUGUGUUGGUAAGUUGAAUCUUUUUUUUUUUGGACUUUAAUUGAAAUUGAAAUUAUUGCGUUUUUUAUCAACUUGAAGCGUGUGUUAUGAUAUGCCAUGACAAGUGUGAAUCAAGUGCUGGAGGAUGCAGUUCAUUACCUAGUCCUCAAGUAAGUGAAAAAAAAUAAAAAAUUAUAAGAUAAAAUAAAAUAUGAUGAAAACAAAAACUUGCUUAAAUCUUAUAAACAUAAUAUAAUCUUUUUAUUACUAAAUUUAAGGUUGAGUAUCCGGAAUCAACUGCAUCAAAAGCAAAUACCAACAAGCCAAGCAAAUUUUCAAAGAUAGUGGCCAAUAUCAAAAAGAACAAUAGGAGCACUACCGAUCUUUCCAUUACUUCUUCUGACCAUCAUCAGUCUGUUCAUCAGAGUAGACCUGUUUCUACUGAUCGAUUGGUUGGCAUGACUACAGAUCAUGAUGGAGAAUCAAGACGAUGGUGGGAUCGAUUUGUAUAAAUUAUAUAUAUAACUAUUAUAAUUUAUACAUGCAUGUGUAUAUUUAUAAAGAAUCAUCGCACAUCUGUACAAUCACUCAAUCACUCUAUCACUUGCUAGCACAUUUGCACAAACACAUCUAUACAUUAUAUAUAUCUAUCUAUCUGUCUAUAAACAUCUUUAUAUAUCUCUUUAAUCAUG